UGCGUGGGGGGGGGGGUGCUGUGUGCGUGUGUGAGUGCGAGUGUAGCUGUGCGCGCCGAUGUGCGGGCAGCGGCGGGGCGUGCGCGGGGCUGUGGCGGAGGAGCCGGGAAGGCGCUGAGAGCCGGCUGUCCGCCCCCGCCCCCGGCCCCGGCCCGGGCCCCGGCCCCCGGCCCCCGGUCCCAGUCCUGGCUCCGGGACCAUGGCCCCGGCCCGCGCCGGCCUGCCCUCCUCGCUCUGGGUGGUCACGGCCGUGGCCGCCACCUGCAUGUCGGCGGCCCGCAGCGAAGUGAAUUUGCUGGAUACAUCAACCAUCCACGGGGACUGGGGCUGGCUCACGUACCCGGCACAUGGGUGGGACUCCAUCAACGAGGUGGACGAGUUCUUUAGCCCCAUCCACACGUACCAGGUGUGCAACGUCAUGAGCCCCAACCAGAACAACUGGCUGCGCACGAGCUGGGUGCCGCGGGACGGAGCCCGCCGGGUGUACGCCGAGAUCAAGUUCACCCUGCGGGACUGCAACAGCAUGCCGGGGGUGCUGGGCACCUGCAAGGAGACCUUCAAUCUCUACUACCUGGAGUCCGACCGGGACCUGGGCGCCAGCACGCAGGAGAGCCAGUUCGUGAAGAUCGACACCAUCGCCGCGGACGAGAGCUUCACCGGGGCGGAUCUGGGCGUCCGGCGCCUGAAGCUCAACACGGAGGUGCGGGGCGUGGGGCCGCUGAGCAAGCGCGGCUUCUACCUGGCCUUCCAGGACAUCGGCGCCUGCAUCGCCAUCCUCUCCCUGCGAGUCUACUACAAGAAGUGCCCGGCCAUGGUGCGCAACCUGGCCGCCUUCUCGGAGGCGGUGACGGGGGCCGACUCCUCCUCCCUGGUGGAGGUUCGCGGCGAGUGCGUGGGGCACUCCGAGGAGCGGGACACCCCCAAGAUGUACUGCAGCGCCGAGGGGGAGUGGCUGGUGCCCAUCGGCAAGUGCGUCUGCAGCGCCGGCUACGAGGAGCUCCAGGACGCCUGCGUGGCCUGUGAGCUGGGGACUUACAAGUCAGCUCCGGGUGACCAGCUGUGCGCCAGGUGCCCCUCACACAGCCACGCGGCCACCACUGCAGCCCAGACCUGCCACUGUGACCUCAGCUAUUACCGGGCAGCCCUUGACCCACCAUCCGCGGCCUGCACUCGGCCUCCCUCUGCCCCCGUGAACCUGAUCUCCAGUGUGAACGGGACCUCGGUGACCCUGGAGUGGGACCCUCCCCUGGACAAGGGAGGUCGCAGUGACAUCACUUACAACGCCGUCUGCCGCCGCUGCUCCUGGGACCCGAGCCAAUGUGAUGCCUGCGGCAGCGGCACCCGGUUUGUGCCCCAGCAGAUGAACCUGGUGCAGACGGCCCUGACGGUCGCCAAUCUGCUUGCCCACAUGAAUUAUACCUUCUGGAUCGAGGCUGUCAAUGGCGUGUCCGACCUCAGUCUAGAGCCCCGACGAGCCGCCUCCGUCAACAUCACCACGAACCAGGCAGCCCCGUCCCAAGUGGUGGCGAUCCGCCAGGAGCGAGCUGGGCAGACCAGUGUCACGCUGCUGUGGCAAGAACCGGCCCAGCCCAACGGGAUCAUCCUGGAGUACGAAAUCAAAUACUACGAGAAGGACAAGGAGAUGCAGAGUUACUCCACCCUGAAGGCCACAACCACGAGGGCAACUGUGUCUGGGCUGAAGCCUGGCACCCACUACGUGUUCCAGGUGCGAGCCCGCACGUCCGCAGGCUGUGGCCGCUUUAGCCCGGCCAUGGAAGUGGAGACUGGAAAACCAACAGGGCUCCGCUAUGACACCAGGACCAUUGUCUGGAUCUGCUUGACUCUCAUCACAGGUCUGCUCAUCCUUCUGCUGCUGCUCAUCUGCAAGAAGAGGCACUGUGGCUACAGCAAGGCCUUCCAGGACUCUGAUGAGGAGAAGAUGCACUAUCAGAAUGGGCAGGCUCCUCCCCCGGUCUUCCUUCCCCUGCACCAUCCCCCCGGGAAGAUCCCCGAACCCCAGUUCUACUCAGACCCUCACACCUAUGAAGAGCCUGGGCGAGCCCGGCGCAGCUUCAGUCGCGAGAUCGAAGCCUCCAGGAUCCAUAUUGAGAAGAUCAUUGGUUCUGGUGAGUCCGGGGAGGUGUGCUACGGACGCCUGCAGAUGCCAGGGCAGCGAGAGGUGCCAGUGGCCAUCAAGGCCCUGAAAGCAGGGUCCUCAGAGCGCCAGCGGCGGGACUUCCUCAGCGAGGCGUCCAUCAUGGGACAGUUUGACCACCCCAACAUCAUCCGCCUUGAGGGCGUUGUCACCCGAGGCCGCUUGGCAAUGAUUGUGACUGAAUACAUGGAGAACGGCUCCCUGGAUUCUUUCUUGAGGACCCAUGACGGGCAGUUCAGCAUCGUGCAGCUGGUCGGCAUGCUGCGAGGGGUGGGCGCUGGGAUGCGCUACCUCUCUGACCUAGGCUAUGUCCAUCGAGAUCUGGCUGCCCGCAAUGUCCUGGUCAACAGCCAGCUGGUAUGCAAGGUGUCCGACUUUGGCCUCUCUCGUGUCCUGGAGGACGACCCUGAUGCAGCCUACACCACCACGGGUGGGAAGAUCCCCAUCCGCUGGACGGCCCCCGAAGCCAUCGCUUUCCGAAAGUUCUCUUCGGCCAGUGACGUGUGGAGUUUUGGGGUGGUGAUGUGGGAGGUGCUGGCCUACGGGGAGCGGCCCUACUGGAAUAUGACCAACCGUGAUGUCAUUAGCUCGGUGGAGGAAGGGUACCGGCUCCCGGCCCCCAUGGGCUGCCCCGCUGCCCUCCACCAGCUCAUGCAAGACUGCUGGCAGAAGGAGCGGAGCCAGAGGCCACGCUUCCCCCACAUCGUCAGCAUCCUCGACUCCCUCAUCCGCAACCCCGAGACCCUCAGGGUCACUGCCACAGUGAACAGGUGCCCAGCCCCGGCCUUCGCCCGGAGCUGCUUUGACCUUCGGGGCGGAGGCGGCGGCGUCACUGUCGGGGACUGGCUGGACUCCAUCAGGAUGGGCCGUACGGGCGGCAGCCCUUUUGCGGGACGUUGGGGUUUGGGGAUCACCCUCACUGGACACCAGAAGAAGAUUGUCAGCAGCAUCCAAGCCAUGCGCUCCCAGCUGACCAGCCCCAGCGGGCCUCGGAGGCCCCUCUGACCUGCUCUCUGCUUGUGGGGACUGAGAGGAGCCCAAAGCCAGGCCUGCCGGGGAGGGCUUGAGGUCGAUGGGCAAACUGGAGCUGGCUCCACACAAAGAAGACCUGGGGCCCGGCCCAGGACCGGAGGGAGGUGGAGGCCGCCCUCCCCAUCCCCCAUCCCUCCCCCCCACGCUUCCUUUGAGCAUCGGACUUGCCCCCGGGCCGGGUCAUGGGGGCUAAGGGUCCUUCUGCUUGGGCUUGGGAGCCAAGUGAGGUCUCGGCCAGAAGCCGCCCAGCUCUCAGGACGGACCAUCCCUGCCCUCUGCCUCUCCUUGAUGUGUCUGCCCAGGGCUGGGGGUGGGCUGGGGGCAGAGACUUCUCCACCAGGGUUCCCACGGGGUCCGGGGACUCCUCCCCAAGGCUGGUGGGCCCCACUGGGCCUCAGCUCCUGGCGUCCCCUCACCCUGCCCAUCAGUGUGCGUGUGUGUCAGUGUGGGAAGGUGCGGCUGGGUCGCAGGGCCGGGGGCGAGUGCUCCCUGCGCUGAGGCAGGUGUGUCCGGGGCCCGUUCUGGGGGAAAAGCAGCCAUCUCUGCCCUUGUGAGAGGGUAGAGAAACCUUGAGAGCCUGUCGUGGGGAGUGGGUCUGGACAUGAUCGGCCUGGAGGGGGAUGUGCGACUGCUCUUAUUUAGAGGCCCCUUGUCUGGGACAGGAAUUAGAGCAGUUGGGUUUGGCCCCAAAGGACAGAACCAGGAGCACUAUUUAGAAACUACAGAGGCAAAUGGAGGUCGGACAGCGGGGGGAAAAACGCCCGUCCAAGGAUUACGACUCAUGUGCUCUUGGAAAAGUCAAUUCCCUCCCGGAAUUCAGCUUCCUUAUCCAAAAAAAAAAAAAAAAAAAAAAAAAAAAAAAAAUGAGGGGAUUGGAUGGGAUGACCUCUAAGUCGACUGUCUUCUCCUACCUCUCUGGCCCCUUUCCUGGACUGCUUGUGGAGGGCAGCUUCUAGUCCUGGCCUGGCUUUAGACUCACUUUUCUGCCUCAGUUUCCCUUUUUUAAAAUGAGUCGGCCUGGACUAGCGGAUCUGUAAGGCUCUUUGGUGACGGGAAGGGCUAGGUGGAAAGCUGAGAUUUAUUUUGCAAUCCUAUGAUUAGAAUGAUCUCAAAGCAGAGGGGGCUGCCCCUGGACGGGGUAAGUUCCCACUCCUUAGCAAUCUAGAGACAGAGUUUGGGUGAGUGCUCCAGGGGGGUUGAAGGGGGCGUCCCUGUGGAUCCCCUGGAGGAGCCCUCGGGUCUGCUCGAUAAAUUGGUAGAUGUUCACACCCGAGGUUCACUGCAGGGGGUACGUGUUCCAGAGAGAGAGUUCACACUGCCUUGUGUCCUGUUAAGGAUAUUUUCCUUGUGUGAAUGUGUACAUAGGUGCGUCUUUGUAUGCCUGAAAAAGUUCAUUACCAUGAAGUUGCACAUACGUGCCUAAAGGGACAUUUACGAGUGUGCACAUCUAUGCUUGAGCCCCAAUUCAUGGGAAGGUGUGUGCUCCCAAGAGCGUGGAUUCGAGUCACGUGUUUCCAUGAGUGUGUGAGUCCAUGUGUGCUGAGUGUGAAGCUGUGUAUGUGAAUUGAAGGUUUCUGAGGUGACCGGGUUCCCAGCCUUCCCCUCAUCCCCCCAUCCCCCCACUCACUCACCGCCCAGUUGAGCUCAUGGGUCCUAGAGCACCCUAUGGGUACCUACAUCCUGUGACCAAUGCCCUCCCCCCCCCACUACACACUGAGGCACUCCAGGAGAAACCAGUCUCGUUUCAAAGUUCACCAGCACCAUGACCCCAUCACCCGACCUGGGGACAAGCGAGGACCCCCCACAGAUCCAACCUCAGGUUUGGGGGGCUGUGUUCUUUCUGGUCCUCUGUCCCCACGACCAAUUCUCCCCCUCCCCAUCAGACAUGGGGGAGCUCCUGGAGCUCUGGACCCCCCUGGGCCAAAGUGUCUGCACGUCUUCCAUCUCCAGAGUCUGGAGCCCCUUCUCCCUCCCUCCCCCCAAUCUCCACCCCAGUCCUGGGGACGUUUUAAGUCCCUUUGCUGCUUCAAUGGGAUAACAGGGUUGUCAAUAUCACAAAUUCUUUUUCAUGAAGAUAUUCCUCCAGCUGCUGAGGGGCUCCCCCAUAUCAGCCAGGGAGGGGGUGCGACGUAACCUUUGGCUGCCAGGCCCCUACUGCCCCCAUGGGGCCCUCAAUGCCCAACUGCUCCCCCUGCCCUCCUCUGCCCCCACGCAAGAGACUGAGCAGAGUUAGACCAAGUUUCCGUCCUGGAAGAUGGUGAUCUCUGCCUGACCAAGGGACUCCUCCAGGCCACAGAAUGGGAAGGGGAAGGGUCUUUAGAACCAGAAGUGAUAGGACCGAGGACCUAAGAAAACCUGGAAAUAUUUACUCAAAAUCCAAACAGUCUCUAGAGCAGAGAAUGUCAGAGCCGGGUGGGCCCUUAGAACAUGGGAUGUUGGAGCCGGGAGGGACCUUAGAACCCAGGAGGUCAGAGCUGGGAGGGUCCUUAGAACUGGGGAUGUUGGAAAUGUCCUUUAGAACAGAGAAUAUCAGAGCUGAAGGGACCCUUGAAAACUCAUUUUUCAGGGGCUCAUUGAAUAACAAGGGGAUCAAGGCUUGGUUUUGCUGGCUUCCUUUCCAAUGUCCUUUGCCCAAGCACAUCCCACAUUGAAAGCUUCUGACUUUAGGGGGAGCAGUGAGGAGGCCUGUAGAGACCCCCUCCUUUCUCAGAAUCUGCCCCCGCAGCCCCUUUUAAUCUCUCACUACUUCCAACCCCAGGGUAUGUAAAUAUUUUUUUUCUACUUGUGUUGGAGAAUUUUUUUCCUGACUUCCUAACAAUGCAAACAUGGUCUUCAAAGCACAGAAAACGUCACCAAGUGUGAGUAAGGAUCUUCCAAAAGAAGGCCAGGCCCAGCUGGGGCCCCCGGCAUGGGCAGUUGGGGGAGCUAUCGGGGCAGGCUCCCCUUAGCCCCUGCACUGCCUCAGCCUGCAAUGAAGAGUGGGAUGAGGGGCUGGGCCAGCCCUCCAUCUCCCUCUAGUUCCUUCCCCAUCACCCCCUAAUCAGCACAGUUGUCCCAAGGACACACCAGCACAGGGGACCUCCAAGGCCCUGAGCCCCUUUUGUUCCUGCAAUAAUUCUGGCCCAAUGUACCCCUGAGGUCACUAAGGCGCCUCUCUCUCUCUCUCUCUCUCUCUCUCUCUCU